UCACGAUCCGAGGAGGCUAACAGGACCACAUCAUAUGCAAACAGCAGAUGGUGUAUAAUGCAAACAGCAUUAUAUAUUAAUAUAUAGAUAUAUUGAAUAUUGUUUCUUUAAGGCAGCAGAGAUGAGGGUAUAAGCUCCGCCCCCUCCCACUGUCUGGCUAAUGUGAUUGGUUAAACCGUUGUUGACAAUCGGAGAUUAUAAAAGUUGCUGGGUGGGAACUGAACUACUGUUAAUACCUAUGUAACGUACGCAGUUUGAGCAGCAAAUGUUGGCUAGUGAAGAAUUAUGUAAACAGUUUCCUAACAGUGGAUUUACAAGCUUUUUAACACCACAUUUUCGACGACACCCUUAGCUACUCUCGGUUCACCACUUUAGCUUAGCUGGCUAACCGCUCCUCCUGUGUCCAUGUGACCGUUACAGCAGCGUUACUUGAGGGGGGACAACACAAAGCAGUACCGCGGACAUUGACAUGACUUCAAACCAGGCGUGACAGGUCACCCUCGAGGGAGCGUCGGCAUAAUGGAGGCACCGGAAAGAGCCAACAACUUCCAUUGUUCACACGAGGAGGGGGACGACGGGGACUCCUCUGCGCUCUCAUCCAGCAUGUCCAUUGACAAACUCUUACCGGCUCUGCUGGAGUGCUUUGGGAUCAUAUUGUGUGGGUACAUCGCAGGGAGGGCGAACAUCAUCACGUCCACCCAGGCCAAAGGUUUGGGGAAUUUUGUGUCCAAGUUUGCUCUCCCAGCGCUGCUGUUCAAGAACAUGGUGCUGUUGGACUUUGGGAAUGUCAUCUGGCCGUUCCUGUGGAGCAUCCUCAUUGCCAAAGUGGCUGUGUUUGUCAUCGUGUGCGUGCUCACGCUAAUAGUUGCCAGUCCCGAGGGCCGCUACAGUAAAGCUGGGCUCUUCUCGAUAUUUGCCACCCAAAGCAAUGACUUUGCCUUGGGCUAUCCCAUUGUUGAGGCCCUGUACCAGAGUACAUACCCAGAGUACCUCCAGUACAUCUACCUGGUUGCACCCGUGUCCCUGAUGCUUCUAAAUCCCAUCGGCUUUGCCUUCUGCGAGAUCCAGAAGUGGAAGAAUGGGGCGUAUCGCCAGCAGAGAAAACUCUUGAUCGUGGGACUUGUAGUCUUACAGGUCCUGAAGAACCCUAUAGUGUUCAUGGUUAUCAUCGGCAUCAUCGCCCACUUUGCCCUCCACCAGACGGUUCCUCCCUUCAUGGCUGAAUUUGUGGAUGGCUUGGCCAACUCUUUCGGGGGAGCAGCUCUGUUCUACUUGGGUCUCACCAUGGUGGGACAGUUGGGGAAAUUAACCAGAUCCACAGUCGUGACACUGAUAUUACUCACUACAGCAAAACUGUUGCUGAUGCCGCUGAUUUGUAAGGAAAUGGUGGAUCUGUUGGACAACAGCAACACCGGCGCUAUGAACCACUCGAGCCUCUCCAAUUACGCUUUUCUUUAUGGAGUGUUUCCCACCGCACCAAGCGUGGCCAUCUAUGCUGUCUAUUAUAACGCAGAGCUGGAAGUUGUCACCUCUGGGAUGAUGAUCAGCACUUUUCUCUCGGCUCCAAUCAUGUUUGUUUCUGCCUGGUUACUUACAAUGCGUUGGAUGGAUCCUCAGCUAUUGAUGAAUUCACUGCAGAAUGUCAGCUUUAACAUCAGCAUAGUUUCCCUGGUUGCACUGGUGUGGACAAUUACUGUCAUGUUUUUAAGCAAGAAAUUCAAGAGGCUUCCUCACAUGUUUACAGUCAACCUUUUCUUUGCACAGUUUCUUACUUGUAUCGGGAUGAUCCUGUGGAACUUUGUGGUGAAAGAAGACAACUUCGUCGGGCAAAUCCUGACAUUCUCGUUGUUAUGUACCUCCCUCUACAGUACCUUUGUUUGGCCAGGUUUAAUAGCACUUUCUCUUGUGCUCAUAAAAAGGUUUGAGGAUGUGAAAGUUUCACCGGGCUUGUUCGUCAUAGCUGGCUGGGGGGUUCCAGCCUCAGUAACUGCUGUGUUGCUCAUUUCUGGGGUAAAAAUGUCAGACACUAUUGACUCGGCAUUCUUUUACGGCAAACCACAGAUCAUCUGCACUACAGUUGUAGUUGCCUUCAGUAUACUGCUGGGUGGGAGCUCUCUUGUGUGUCUCAGUAGAGGAAGCUGGUCCCACAGUGACCAAAGCCAAGAGGGAAACUCUGCAGAGGAUCUAGUGACUGAGAUUGAAGCAGAAAACCAGACUCUGAUUGAGCCAGUCAGCCCAUCGGGAGAUCUCAACAGAGCGUGCCUCGUAUGUGACUGUGCACCACCCCAGCCCAUGCCUGACAUGAUCACCAGCACAAAUAUGAACAACACUCCAACAACACUCGCAGGUCAAUGUGAGAACAGCUGUGCGUCCUCAGACUGCCUGCUUGUCCAAGUGGAGGAGCUCAAACAGGGCGCAGAUAGACAAGUGGCCCGUCAUGUGCUCCUAUGUCUGCUUCUGACUGUCAGCUCGCUUGCUAACCUGUCCAGCUGCUUGUGGCUGCUCUUGAAUCAGGAUCCUGGUCGACUCUACUUGGAACUGCAGUUCUUUUGUGCUGUGGCCAACUAUGGACAGGGUUUUCUCUCCUUUGCUCUGUUUGGGCUGGACAAGCAUUUGAUUAUACUGCCAUUUAAGAAGAGGUUAUACAGUCUGUGGUGUGGAAAGAAGAAAGAAGAGCAGCCGCAGACUGAUUUACCUGAGGAAGUCAGGAUGACCUGCACCCAGUUCACCAAAUACCACAAGGACCAGUGUUUUCAGGACAUUGUGAAAAGGAGAAGGUGUGGGAAGAGGACUGUGGUGGACUGUUUUCUUGGCUGUGAACUGGUGGCGUGGCUCCAGGUGGUGGGCUUGGCUCAGGACCCUGGUGAGGCGGUACUCUAUGGGACGCGGUUACAGCAGGGUGGCGCGCUCGAGCACAUCAAGCAGGAACACGGCUUCCAAGACAGUCGCCUCUAUUACCGCUUCCUGACGUAAGACACAAGGGUCUUUUUUUUUUUUUAACCAAAUGGCAUUUGAAUUGAGAUAAAAUGAUAUAAAUACAUCUUGAGGAUGUAGAACCUAAGGAACAAUACCGGCCUUUGCAAAAAUUCCUGAACAUUGUGACUGCACAUGCGCUGAGCACAUCCUGUACAGUGCAGCACUGCAGUGCAACAGACUUGACCAUUUCAAACCUAAAAUGCAAGGGCACAAUGCAUUGUGUGGAGUUAGUCUGGAAGGGAAUUUCUUUUUUUUAAUUAACAUUAUUUUUGAGAUCUUGUGUUGCUACAACAGUCAAUCGGGACAUUAACAUGAGCUGUCAGAUGAUCGUACAUGUACAGGGAAUCCCCUGUUUGGCCUUGUUAUCAUAACCAUUCAUUUCUAGGUAAAACAAGAAUACCUGAAAUGGCAGUUUUAAUCCCUCAAUGGCUGGAAAAACUUACUACACAGCUACCACUUGGUACUGUAGAUUAGAGUUUAGUGAGGAAGUCCUGUCUACAACAGACAGUAAUCAUUUUAAGAUUUGCUAGUUUCCCUGCUAGUCACUGCAUCCUUUAAUCUGCAACAAAGCCGGUGAAUAUAAUAUUAGCAUAGCUGAAUAGGACUGAUGGCCAAAACUAUAAAAUGAACAGCCAAUCUUAAAGGGUGAGCCAAGACUUUGCUGAUUUUUGUAAGAAUUUUAAUUUCAAUAUAUGAUUUUAAUUUUGUUUUGUGUCAUUUGGGGAGCGACAAUGCACUGUCCCCAUGAAGCAAAUGAUAGGUGCAGGCAAAAACACCACUCUUCAGCUGAAUGUAUCAUUUCCUCCUCUGUGAAACUUUAGAGUGAAUUAUCACUCUUCAACCAAAGCACUUUCCAAGAAGGGAAGAUGUGGUUAAAUCUGCAUCCAUUUUUAGCUUGUUUGUAGUCUGUCUUACUCAGGAUUAAGUUAGUUUUACCAGUUGACUGGUAAUAUAGCAUGAAGCGCAAGUAUUGUAGCUUUGACAGCCUGCAGUUUAACAUGACUUUGCACUGAUGUGGAGUAGUGGUUACACUGUUUACCAGGGCUGUUCGUGGGAUCACAAUUUCAUCAAACAACCUGCCAGUUUGACAACAAAAGAAAACUGCCACUUAAUAAAUUAAGUUAUUAAUAAAUGAUAACUCUAUAAAUGUCAGUACUUGGUGUUGAUGUGUUUUCUGGAAAGUGUUCACGUUGACAUUGGAAGUUGGGAAAAUUCCAUUUCUUCUCAGGAAUAAAGUAAUGUAAGUAGAAAACAAACUGCUUAAUUAAACAUCUUUAUAAUUAAGUGCAAAGGUUUGUGUUUAUUAUUACCUCACUUCAUGUUGAGAAAACUUCUGUAAAAAAAAGUCUUUUUAAUAAAAACAUACUUUAAUAGAGUGUGUAGCACUGGCUGCAUAUUUAUGGUAUGGAUUUGUUUUAAAAUAAAUGUUACCGAACCCUCA